GCCCCCUGCGCUCCCCCCCCCACCCCCGUCCACCGGCCCAGGUGAGCGGGGGAGGCGCGGCGCCGGGCGCCAUUUCUUCAGCACCCCCCGCGGUGACGGCGCAGCGGCAUCAGCGCUGACGUGAGGGCGACGCGCGGCCUCGCCCGGCCCAAUCCCUCCUCCCCCACCCGCUUCCCCUGUGACGGGGGCGCCACGUACUCGGGCAAAUGACCAUGGAAACAGGUGAAUCACAAGAUGGCAAUGCAGCAGACUCUGUGGCAGAAAGUGAUUCUGCUAAUAUACAGUCUCCAAGUGGCCAAAAUCAGAUUUCCACUAUAGCUCAGGUUUCUGUAGCUGGAUCAACAACUGGAAGAGGAUCUCCCUCGAUAACUGUCGUGCAGUUGCCUUCUGGUCAAACAGUUCAUGUGCAGGGAGUGAUUCAAGCUACGCAGCCUUCAGUAAUUCAGUCACCUCAGCUGCAAUCUGUUCAGGUAGGAUCAGGUACAAGUGCAGAUGAGUCCACAGAAUCAGAGGCUGUAAUUGAUUCUCAGAAGCGCAGAGAGAUACUUUCAAGGAGGCCUUCAUAUCGAAAAAUUCUGAAUGAACUUUCUUCUGAUGCACCUGGUGUCACUAAGAUUGAAGAAGCCAAACCAGAGGAAGAAGGAGCCCCCUCUGGCAUCCCUGCCAUGGCAGUGCCAACAAGCCUUUAUCAGACUAGCACUGGGCAAUACAUUGCUAUAGCCCAGGGUGGAGCAAUCCAGAUAUCAAAUCCAGCAUCUGAUGGCGUUCAGGGAUUGCAGACAUUAACAAUGACAAAUUCAGGAGCUCCACAGCCUGGUGCUACCAUUGUACAAUAUGCAGCUCAAACACCUGAUGGCACACAACAGUUCUUUGUACCUGGGAGUCAAGUUGUUGUCCAAGCUGCUACAGGUGACAUGCCAACUUACCAGAUCCGAACCCCAACCACAGCCUUACCUCAAGGGGUUGUGAUGGCAGCCUCCCCAGGAACGUUGCAUAGCCCACAGCAGCUAGCUGAAGAAGCAACACGUAAACGAGAGCUAAGGCUUAUGAAAAAUAGGGAAGCUGCUCGCGAGUGUCGCAGGAAGAAGAAGGAGUAUGUCAAAUGUCUUGAAAACCGUGUGGCUGUGCUUGAAAACCAAAACAAGACUCUCAUUGAGGAACUCAAGGCCCUCAAAGAUCUUUAUUGCCAUAAAGCAGAAUAACUGGUGUUUGGCUAUGGACUUUUUUUUUGCUAUGAACGCUAAUCAAGGCAUGAGAUGAAGCAAUUCUCCAGAUUGCCAUGUGACCCUUGAGGAAGGGACAAUAUGUGGCCCUUGUGAUCCCAGUUCUUCUUAGGUGUUUUAAGACUGGGGAGUUCCAAAAUUUGGAAGGUAUCACAGUCUCCAUCCUAUACCGAGCUUUCGUCACUGAGUUCUUUCCCCCAGUCCAGUAGUAUGCCAAAAAGUGUUUUUGUUUGCCCUCUUUACUUCUGCUUUUUUCAGGGAAGCUGCAAAAGAAUGUCGACGGCGGAAGAAAGAAUACGUGAAAUGUCUGGAGAGUCGUGUUGCGAUGUUAGAAGUCCAAAACAAGAAACUUGUAGAGGAGCUAGAAACCUUAAAAGACAUUUGCUCUUCCAAGACAGACUAGUGUCAAUACUGAAACUGUAAACCGGCUACAGCAUGUACAGAUGCUUCUGCAGGCAAUGUCUAGUCAACAAGAAUUAUGACUUUUCUUUUGUAUCA